AUGAACAGCUGGCGCGACGCCCUGCGGUGCGCUUGGAAACACGCCCAAGGCUUCCCCACCGAGGAGCUGAAGCGCUACCUCCUAAACUACGCGUUCGUCUAUUGCCUGCCCCGCAGUCUGCAACCCGAGCAAGACCUUGCCGCGAACAGCGACAACGAGGGCCUGAAGGACGAGAUCCACCACUUCAACGAGGAAGAACUGCAGCAGGCCAGCAAGACGCGGGUGCGAGGGAACGGCAGCCAAGAAGAAGGCGCGGCGGGCGACAGCCCGCCCGACGAUGCCGAGCCGCCCUCCACCAGCACCCAGCACGACCUCACCGUCCAGAUGAUUCGCCUCUCCCACAACUUCUGGCUGGGACGGGCUUCCACGGCCACGCCAACUCCGCAGGAGAUAGCUCGACAGCUCCUGCGAGAGGCGACCUCCGGCAAGGGCGUCGCGGACGCCACCCGAAUGCUGGCGGCGGCGCAGGCCUCCCGCAACAAGAAGAAACGCACUGCGGAAGCGCCCGCAGAUGUGCCGGGCCUAGACGGUGCCCGCCGAGGAGCCACCGCAAAGAGGGCCACGAAGGACAGAGACUGCCUCGACGCCGCCUGCACGCCAGAGACCGCCCGCCGCAUCGCCCACUGGCGCUGGCUCAUCGCCGACGAGGUGGGCAUGAUCAGCGCAAGGCUACUGGCCCAGGUGGAGGCCCGCACACGCAGCGCCGUGCCCAAAGCCAGCCAGUGGAAGCACGACGCGGACGGCAACGUCCGCCCCUUCGCCGGCCUCAAC